AUGGGAGAAAUAGACACAGAUUUAUUUUUGAUAAAACAGAUUUUACAAGAUGAGGAAAAUUCUGGGGAUGUAUUAAAAAAUGAAGAUGAUAGAGUUCCUAAAAGUGAAGAGGAUAUUCCAUUUGAUGAUACCUCUGGAACCUCGGUAGAUCCUCCUGAAUUUUCAGCAAACUCAUUGAAAAUAUUAGAGGAGAAACCAUUGAAUCCAAUUAUGAGUGUUAAUUCAACUGAAGAAAUAGGUGGAAUGCAAAUAGUUGGAUUAAUAAAAUCAAAUGUAGAAAAUUGUGAUACAGGGAAUCAAAAGUUUAGGACAUCACCAAAUGAUCUCUUUGACUCAGAUUCCCAACAAAUUACUACAAAUGAUACAAGUUGUCAUGGAGUAGACAAUCUUGGAUUUAUAGACUCAAGUCAUGGUGAAUUGUUGGAUUGUAACAGAAACAGUAUUGAUUGUAAUAAAUUAGAUCACCUGACUGUUAAUAUGGAUUGUGAUAUUAAAAUGGUAGAGCAGCAGAAAUUGACUGAUACAUUAUCUGAAUGUGAAAAGAGUGCUAAAAAUUCAGAUAAUGAUCAUCAAUUGACAGCUACAGGUCAGUUAAAACUAGCUGAAAUUAAAAGAGGGAGUAUUGAGCAGGACUCAACUAAGGAACAGAGAUAUUCAUCUGAUAUACCUCUUCCUUCAAUUUUACAUUCAGUAAAUCUUAUCUCAGCUACAUUGUUCAGCAAGACUUCAGAGUGUGAAGGUACUGAUAAAAGGGAGAUAAAUCCACUAGUCAUAGUUGCUGGUCAGUCCAUUGAGGAUAUUGAUGCAAUAGAAACCAAAGAAUCAGAACAGAACAAUGAAAUUUCAAAAUAUUUGUGCAAUAAGUCUCCUGGUGUGGAAAAAUCAGAUAUUUUAAGUAAUCAUAAAAAAACAUGUGAGAAGUUACCAAGAAAACAUACAAAUCAACUUGUUCACAAGCCAGUGUCUUAUGAACUUACAGAAAACUUUAAAUUUAAAAAUAAUCUUAAUUCUAAAGACAGUCUACAGAAGCUAAGUCAUUUAAAUAUUGAUGUCAGUGGAAAUCUGGUUAAACAGAUUGAAUCUUUUUAUGACGAUAAAUCUCCUGAAAUGCAAGUUGUAGUUAACUCCCUUACUCCAGUGCUCUCUCGCAGACGACCUAAUAAGAAUCGAGAAAAAUUUAAUAGUGAGAAUAAAGAAAACAUCAAGAUUAAAAAUGGUGGAAUCAGUAUAAAGGAUUUUGUGUCGCAGGACCCUGAGAAGAUGACAUCAUCUGAAAUGUGUGCAACUUGGCAUGGUCCUGGGCACUGUGUUCACUCACAACGACCAAAAAUGGGCAUUGGUAUGGUUAUGUCAGAAAGUACACCUAUGUUUGCUCAGAAUCCUGUACAAGGCUUGACAAAAUCAUCAAGUUUUCAUUCGAAUGGAACCAUGACAAUGCCCAAAAAUUUCUCAAAAACAAUUCUUGAUGCUAUGCAUAAAAAGUAUUGUGCCCAUCAGUAUUCAAGGAGGCUGGAUGCAGGUCCAAAAUCAACUUUGAUUCAAAUUCAUAAAGUGGAACAAUUUGUGGCAACCCAUAGUGUACGAAAACCUCCUCAAAGUCUUCAAUUAUGGAAAGAUUAUGAUUCCCCAUCAACAAGUGGUAACUCUUCACCAGCUUUACAAAAACUACAGAGUAUAACACCUGAUUGCUCUUUAGAUUCUAAAAAGGUAAGUUCUUUGUUAUUUAAUAUUAUCUAUGAUGGACAUUGA